UUUGGCGCGGAAUCAGUUGUUGUUCCGCGCUUCUGAGAAGAAUACAAUAUUACCUUACACCAAGUCCAUUAAACCUAAUGGCUCCCGUCUCAAAUAACGAUAAAGACAUGGAUGGCGGAGAUUUAGAUGCAUCUGACACAUGUGGCAUCGCCACCUCACGGUCCAGACGGGAGAAGAAAGAGAAAGUGGGCCGCAAGUCCGCCUUGGAGCAGCUUAAACGAGCCAAGAAGGGAGAGAAGGUUAAAUAUGAGGUGGAGGAGUUCACCAGCGUAUAUGAGGAGGUGGAUGAAGAGCAGUAUUCCAAAAUGGUGCGGGAGAGACAGGAUGAUGAUUGGAUAAUUGAUGAUGACGGUACAGGCUAUGUGGAGGAUGGGAGAGAAAUCUUUGAUGAAGAAUUGGAUGAUGACGCACUGGAGAAAGGCAAUAAAGGUAAAUCAGGUGGAAAGGGAGGAGACUCAAAGAAGAAUGUGAAAAAAGUGGCUGUCAGUAAACCCAACAGCAUUAAAACCAUGUUUAUGAACAGUAAUGUGAAGAAGCCUGCUGAGAAAGAUGUGGAUUUGUCCAAAGAUGAUCUGCUUGGAGAUAUUCUACAGGACCUGCACUCAGAGAAAACAGUUGCGCUCACCCCACCACCAAUCAUUACUCUGAAGAAGAAGAAGAAAACACUGGGAUCGCCUAUUAAUCCAUUUUCAGUCAAACCGCAGUUGCCAAAGCAGUCACCUGAAGUCCAGAUGCCGAAGCCCAGACCUGUGGUGACACAGGUUCCUCCAGCUGACCCAUCAUCCAAGUCUGCUCCCCUCAGUAAACCAACCACCACACACCAUUUAAAGAAACCCAAGACAGAGGAGCCUGAAGAAGAGAUUGAGUUUGAUGAGAUGGAUUUUGAUGAGCCCAUGGAGUCAGAGAACCUGGAGGAGGAGCCAGUGAAAGUAAAGGCAGAGACAAAACCCACUCCUAAAGUGGAGCCCGAGACUGACCGCAAGGAUGAGAUGUUAAUAUCAGAACUGGUUGGUGGCAUGGGCUGGGAGAAGAUGGAGGAGGGGGAGCCCAUUGAGUCUCCUGUGGAAGUGCAGGUAGACUCCAGCCAACUACCGCUGGUGGAGGGACCUGAUGGAGAAAUGUUUUUCCGCUUCUACUGGCUGGAUGCUUUUGAGGACCAAUAUAGCCAACCUGGUGUGGUGUACCUGUUUGGAAAGGUCUGGAUUGAAUCAGCUGAAGCUCAUGUAAGCUGUUGUGUUGCUGUAAAGAACAUCGAGAGGACCAUGUAUCUCCUGCCCAGAGAACAUAAAGUAAAUCUGGCAACUGGUCAGAAGACAGAAAAUCAGGUUGGAAUGAUGGAUGUGUACCAGGAGUUCAACGGUCUCUCUGAGAAAUUUAAAAUCAUGAAGUUUAAGUCCAAGCCGGUGACAAAGAACUAUGCCUUUGAGAUCCCAGACAUUCCCUCACAGAGCGAUUACCUUGAAGUCAGAUACUCUGCUGAACUUCCCCCAUUGCCAGCUGAGCUGAAGGGCUCAACAUUUUCUCAUGUGUUUGGCAACAAUACCUCCAGCUUAGAACACUUCCUCCUUAACAGGAAGAUCCGCGGACCUUGCUGGCUUGAUGUCAAGACUCCUCAGUUGAGCAGUCAGCCUGUGAGUUGGUGUAAGGUGGAGGCCAUUGCACAGAAAAGUGACCUGAUCUCAGUAGUUAAAGAUCUGCCACCACCUCCACUGGUCAUCAUGUCCAUAAGCCUUAAGACUGUUCAGAACCCAAAGACUCACCAGAAUGAGAUUGUUUCCCUUGCUGCCCUGAUCCAUCAUAAGUUUCCCCUGGACAAAGCUCCACCACAACCCCCUUACCAGACCCAUUUUGGUGUGGUGAGCAAACCCAAUGACUGUGUCUUCCCUUAUGACUUCAAAGAUGCAGUUAGGAAAAAGAACGGGAUAGUAGAGAUUGCAGGUACUGAACGUGCACUCUUAGGCUUCUUCUUGGCCAAGAUGCACAAGAUUGAUCCUGAUGUUUUAGUGGGUCACGACAUCUUUGGUUUUGACCUUGAAGUGCUCUUGCAGAGGAUCAAUGUGUGCAAAGUACCGCACUGGUCCAAGAUUGGCCGUCUAAGAAGAGCCAACAUGCCCAAAUUGGGGGGUCGCAGCGGCUUUGCGGAAAAGAGUGCCACUUGUGGACGCCUGGUGUGUGAUGUUCAGAUCUCUGCCAAAGAGCUUAUCCGAUGUAAAAGUUAUCAUCUGACUGAGUUGGCUGCCCAGAUCCUGAAGACAGAGAGGGUGGUGGUGCCUCCGGAGAACAUUAGGAACUUUUACAGUGAUUCCCCUCACUUGCUCUACCUUCUGGAGCUCACCUGGAUCGAUGCUAAGCUUAUCCUGCAAAUCAUGUGUGAGCUGAAUGUUCUACCACUGGCAAUGCAGAUCACUAACAUUGCUGGUAAUGUCAUGUCUCGCACACUGAUGGGUGGCCGAUCAGAGAGGAAUGAGUAUUUGUUGCUCCACGCUUUCGAUGAGAAGAACUUCAUAGUUCCAGACAAGCAGUUCUUCAAGAAACCACAACAAGAUGUGGAUGAGGAUGUUGAGGUAGGAAAAAGCAAGUCAAGCAAAGCAAGGAAGAAGGCAGCAUAUGCUGGAGGUCUGGUGUUGGACCCAAAAGUCGGUUUCUAUGAUAAAUUCAUUCUGCUUUUGGACUUCAACAGUCUGUACCCCUCCAUCAUCCAGGAGUUUAACAUCUGUUUUACUACUGUUGAGAGAGGAGCGACCAAUUCGUGCAAGAAAACUGAGGACGAUGAUGAUGAAAUUCCUGAGCUGCCAGAUCAAAGUCUGGAGAUGGGCAUUCUUCCUAAAGAAAUUCGAAAACUGGUGGAACGCCGACGUCAGGUCAAACAGCUAAUGAAGCAACAGGACCUCAACCCUGACCUGUACCUGCAGUAUGAUAUCAGACAGAAGGCUCUGAAGCUGACCGCUAACAGCAUGUAUGGAUGCCUGGGUUUUUCCUUCAGUCGCUUUUAUGCCAAGCCUUUGGCUGCACUGGUCACUCAUAAAGGAAGAGAGAUUUUGAUGCACACCAAAGAAAUGGUGCAAAGGAUGAAUCUGGAGGUAAUUUAUGGGGAUACUGACUCUAUCAUGAUCAACACCAACAGCACCAACCUGGAGGAAGUCUUCAAACUUGGAAAUAAGGUGAAAAGCGAGGUGAAUAAACUCUAUAAGCUCUUGGAGAUUGACAUCGACGGCGUGUUUAAGUCCCUUUUGCUUCUGAAAAAGAAGAAAUACGCAGCGCUAAUGGUUGAGCCGCAGGGAGAUGGCAAAUACACAACCAAACAAGAGCUAAAAGGCCUGGACAUUGUGCGCAGGGAUUGGUGUGACUUGGCCAAGGAGUGCGGCAAUUACGUGAUUGGUCAGAUUCUAUCGGACCAGAAUCGUGACACCAUCGUAGAGAACAUUCAAAAACAUCUGAUCGAAGUUGGAGAGAAGGUGGCCAAUGGCAGUAUCCCACUCAAUAUGUUUGAGAUACACAAGGCACUUACAAAAGACCCUCAGGACUAUCCUGACAAGAAGAGUCUCCCCCACGUCCAUGUUGCUCUCUGGAUCAACUCCCAGGGUGGAAAGAAGGUUAAAGCGGGUGACACAGUGUCUUAUGUCAUCUGUCAGGACGGUUCAAACCUGGCAGCCGGUCAGAGAGCGUAUGCUCUGGAGCAGCUGCAGAAACAGCCAGGAAUCAGUCUUGACACACAGUACUACCUUUCACAGCAGGUACACCCUGUGGUGGGUAGGAUCUGUGAUCCCAUUGAGGGCAUUGAUGCAGUUCUCAUUGCCACAUGGCUAGGACUUGACCCAAGUCACUUCCGAGCCCAACAGCAGCAGCAACGUGAAGACGAAGGGGAUACUUUCCUGGGAGCACCAGCCCAGCUCACCGAUGAGGAGCGCUACCGUGACUGCGAGAAAUUUAUCUUCUCCUGCCCUGCCUGCGGCACAGAAAACAUCUAUGACAAUGUGUUUGAAGGAGCAGGAAGCACCUUGCAGCCUAGUCUGAAGAGUUGUUGCCACAUCCCCUGUGGGGGCAGCCCGUUGGACCAUGCCAUCCUAAUAAGCAACAAACUGCAAUUGGACAUUCGAAGCCAGAUUAGGAGAUACCACAGUGGUUGGCUGCUUUGUGAGGACCUUGCUUGUCGGAAUCGAACUCGUCGGCUGCCAAUUGCAUUUUCAAGAUCCGGACCGAUCUGUCCAGCCUGUCUCAGAUCCACACUGAGGCCUGAGUUUUCAGAGAAAGCCCUGUAUAACCAGCUGAGCUUCUACAGAUACAUCUUUGACUGGGAAUAUGCCGUCAACAAGGUCCUGCCAGCUGAGGAUAAAUUGAAAUUCAAGAGUGGCUGGAAAGGAGAAAAGGAAGUGUAUAAAAUGCUGAAGAAUGUAAUAGACAACAUCCUGGCCACCAGUGGAUACUCUGAGGUUGACCUCGCCAAACUUUUCCAGGCCUUUACAUCACUGAAGUAAUGACCAACUGUCCCACAGCAAUCCUUGAUGAUCAGGUGUGGCAUAAUAUUUAUGUCACAGCUAAGCUGCUUUUGCCUUCUUGGUUUGGCCUGUCCACCACAGAAACUAUACAAUGUUGCGCAGCUCACGUUUUGUCUCUCGCUUAUUUCCAUCUUUUAAAUCCAGUCUGAUGUAAAUACACGGUGUGAUUUUGUUAUCUGUGCUUUUUCUUUAAAAUUGUAUACUGUGAUACUGUGUUUGUGUCUCACAGAUUGGGCAUGAAUUAAGGUCAGAGGUGACGAGCUAACAGUCAAUCUGCAUGUAAUCACAUAACCUUUCUAUGUUAGAGCACCUGUCUCACUCUAAUCUUUGUUCUUGUGUCCCAUCCUAUUUAGCCUUUGUCCAGGUCUAAUCGAUGAUGAAUCUAAGGGUAAAAUGGCCAUUAUAAGGGGCUAAAGACACCCUCAACACAACGCAGCCCCCACUCCCCCAGUAGCAACACACAGGGCUUUAGAGAUAACAAUCAGGGGUAAUGACAGGCAAGUUCAUAGGGGUCUUGUAGCAUUUUGAAGGGGUCUUAGUUCAGUAAUGACUUCACUCUACUACCCCCUUCAUCUUUAACAACACAGCAAUUAGCCAAUGAUACAGAGGUAGCCAGUGAUUUGUGGAGUUUUGAACGAUUGAACUCUUGUUUGAACUCCUUUCAGAUGAUAUGUUGUGUAUUUUUAAGAUGGAUCACGUUUUUGUGUCUAAGCCUAUCAGCUUGUGUUUCAUAGUUUUUCCAAUAACAUCUUGCAAAUAUUUUCACUUAAGUCUGAUUUCUUGUUUCAUGUUCUCACUAAUGUUUAUUGUUCAAUGUUCAUUAAUUGCUUUUUGAUACUGAAAC